UGCAUACUUCAGCAGUGACCGCAGUCUUAGCUUCCUUGGGCAACAAAAUUACCCAGCCAUGGUCCCUUCAAGAACAAAAUUGACGUCUCCGGAGCCAGUCCAAGGUUUCGGUACAUACAUAUAAGAGGGAGCGUAACCUCCCCUGAGGUGUUCAUCGACAGCCACCACAGCCGUCUCACAUAAGAUUUCUCUCACCUCUCGACACCUUCUGCGAUUCCUGUCGCCUCCGGGGAAGACUCCACUUCUUGGGUUGCUGUUCCGAGACCACCAGGAGAAGGUUCAGUUUAUGGGAUUGUAUCGUCGCACGUGGUCUGGAGUUCUUGGCACAGAGAUCUCCAGUCCGAGGACACACAAAUUCGACAUGGUUAACAAAAUCCCAGCUCCUUGGGAUGAACAGAAGAAGAACAUGACACUGAAAUCACAAGGCCAAGAACAUCUCUUCUCCAAGGCCACACUGAUGCACUCUGUGAGUUUCAAACAGUGGCGAGGAGGAGAGGAAUCCACAGGUUCAGUUCAGAAUAAGAGCAAACAGAGCCUGGUAAAUGGCAUCCAAGACCGACGCAACUCUGACGCAUUGAGCCCCAAUGUUUCAUCCAGCCCCAAAUGUGAGCUUGAUGCCGCAGCCGUGAAACUUCAAAAGGUUUACAAGAGUUACCGGACCAGGAGAAACCUCGCCGACUGCGCAGUCGUCGUAGAGGAGCUAUGGUGGAAAGCACUGGACUUUGCAUCACUGAAGCACAGCUCGAUAUCGUUCUUCAACGGCGGAAAGCCCGAAACGGCGGCGUCGCGGUGGGCGAGGGCAAGGACAAGAGCGGCUAAGGUUGGCAAGGGGUUAUCUAAGAACGGGAAGGCUCAGAAGCUGGCAUUGCAGCACUGGCUCGAAGCUAUUGACCCUAGGCAUCGAUAUGGGCACAAUUUGCAUAUCUAUUAUGAUGUCUGGUCCAGGAGUGAGAGUACGGAGCCCUUUUUCUAUUGGUUAGACAUUGGGGAGGGCAAAGAAAUAAAUCUUGAGAAUUGCCCUAGGAGUAAACUUCAGGGGCAGUGCGUCAAGUACCUUGGACCACAAGAGAGGCAACACUAUGAAGUUGUUAUUGAGGGUGGCAAACUUAUGUUCAAACAAACCGGGGUUCUUGUGCACACUUCGGAUGACUCCAAGUGGAUUUUUGUCCUCAGCACCACAAAGGCAUUCUAUGUUGGCCAGAAGAAGAAAGGAUCGUUUCAGCAUUCCAGCUUCCUAGCUGGUGGAGCCAUAACAUGUGCUGGACGAUUGGUGGUCAAAGAUGGAAUUCUCAAGGCAAUAUGGCCAUACAGUGGCCACUACCUUCCAACGGAAGACAACUUCAGAGAUUUCAUUCGCUUCCUUCAGGAGAACGACGUUAGCCUCACCGAUGUCAAGAAAUCUGAUGUCGACAAACAUGACGAGUACCCGUUGCUGAGCAACUCUGACGCUCAGCCUGAACAUGUUGAGAAUAACGAUGCAGCAGGUGCCGCUGCUCAAGAUCUGACAGAAGUUGAGAUAGACGGCGUCCUCACCGGCGAGGCAUAUCAUGGAUCGGCCGACCACGAUGACAUGAGCGAUGCUGAGGAAGAUGCCGGCACUCCGGUGGACUCCCACACCACCGACACCGAAGAAGAAGAAGAGGCCAAUAAUAUUUCAGAGCAGCGGCCGCCUGCAAGUGUCGAUCGUAGCAAGAACCAUCAGACGUGCCGGUGGUCGACGGGCACCGGUCCACGCAUCCGGUGCGUGCGCGACUACCCGCAGGACCUCCAGUCCAGGGCCCUCGAGCACGUCAACCUCUCGCCCAGGCUCGCCGGCUCGCCGUCGAGGAAGAGGGACCCGGUGCCCUCGCCGCGCCCCAGCCCGGGGAUGAUACUCUCGCCGAGGCUCGCGUCCGUCGGGUUCCAGCCCCGGACGGUGUCUCUCACGCUCCCAGACUUCAAGAGGAGCAGAUUGCAGUGAACAAUCCUGUUUUCGCGUAGCAGAUCAGGAAUUCAGAAUAACAACCGGUCCAUUUUUCUUUCUACACAGGCAGUGUUUUUUUUUUUUUGAGAAUUCAGGGCAGUGAUUCUUUGCAGCUGCUGCGUCAGCCCAAAUUCUGAAAAACGCUACGUUAGCCGAUUUCAUUUUUUCCCGUGCA